GCGGCAGCGGCAGCGGCAGCGGCAGCGGCAGCGGCAGCGGCAGCGGCAGCGGCAGCGGCAGCGGCAGCGUUUCCUCCGCGAAGGGCCGAGCCAGGCGGGACCGGCGGCGCUCGUCCGCGGCCGUAGCGCUCCCCUGGGGCAGGGGACGGAGGCGCGGUGCCGGUGCGGGGAGAGAGGAAGGCGCGCCUGCCUGCCUGCCUGCGCGGGCCCGGCUCGCCACGGUGCCCUGUGAGAAGCGAGAGGAAGGGGGAGGCGGCGGCCGCGGGGAGGAGGGCGCUGCCAUCGUCCUGCUGCACGGCAAGGCCAGCUUGGCGAGCCUGGCCAUGGCCGCCAUCCGCAAGAAGCUGGUGGUGGUGGGGGACGGUGCCUGUGGCAAGACUUGCCUCCUCAUCGUCUUCAGCAAGGAUGAGUUCCCUGAGGUCUACGUGCCCACCGUCUUCGAGAACUACGUGGCUGACAUCGAGGUGGAUGGCAAGCAGGUGGAGCUGGCCCUGUGGGACACGGCCGGCCAGGAGGACUAUGACCGCCUGCGUCCCCUUUCCUACCCGGACACCGAUGUGAUCCUCAUGUGCUUCUCCGUGGACAGCCCGGACUCGCUGGAGAACAUCCCGGAGAAGUGGGUGCCCGAAGUCAAGCACUUCUGCCCCAACGUCCCCAUCAUCCUGGUGGCCAACAAGAAAGACCUGCGUAACGACGAGCAUGUGCGCAACGAGCUGGCCCGCAUGAAGCAGGAGCCGGUGCGCACCGAGGAUGGCCGUGCCAUGGCCAUUCGCAUCCAGGCCUACGACUACCUGGAGUGCUCAGCCAAGACCAAGGAGGGUGUCCGGGAGGUCUUCGAGACCGCCACCCGGGCAGCCCUUUGCCCACCACCUGCUGCUCCCAGCUCCCAGACAGCCUCCUCUCUUUUGCAAGAGGAGAGCGGUGGAGCUGAGAUGCUCGAAGGGACUUCUGCCUCCUGCCUGCACGUGCCUCCCCCCGAGGCGGGCUGGGGAAGGGGGCUGCAUCUCCCAGGCUGCCUGCAGCAUCCUCGCCUCUCCCACAGAUGUUUCGGCCUGAGCCUGACCUGCUGUGGAAGUUAGUGCCCUGAAGACCGAGACUGGGAGGGGAGGGUUAUCCCAAGCAAAGCCUGUAUAUAUCUUACCUUUUCUGUCUUGUGCAAACUGGGGUAAUGCAGGGGGUGCUUAUUUAAAGUGAGGUG